GACAUAGAGUUGCUGAGGUUGGUCAAUCUCUGCAAAUCAUGGCAGCAAAUCGGAGAUACACUAGAGCAGACGGCAGAAAUAUGUGGGGAAAGAUAUGCAUAUCUGUAAGUUCUUACGCGAUAGUAGAUCCUCCGACUUACCAAGUGAAAGGUUGUCGUCCUUGAGGCUCAAAGAAAACGAGCUGUUCCUACUAGUCAAGCAAUCUAGCGAAUCAGAGUUGAAUUGGAGCGAGGCAGAAACUAUAAUACUACUGAAGUUUAGAAGAAGUGGAAAUACGGAUUACAGAAAGAUAACCAAAACGCUUGAGGGGAAAACGGCUGAAGAUUGUACAAAAAGAUACGAGUCAAUGUACGUUGACGAUGUAUAGCAGUCCUAAAUUCUCUCCUAACAUCUUAUAGGAUGGCGUUGCUUGAACGGGCGAAAGGAGGUGGCUGAAAGGAAGGAAGUUGGCGGCGAGGAAGCAUAGGGACAAACUGUUACACGCCUGAUUGCAUUCGGGGUUCGGCUGUCUUUGCGUUAGGAGG